AUGGCCAAUAAAUCAUCUGAAGUUCUUAAUUAUUUCAAAUUAGAAUUAUUAAUUGAACGGUCACUCGUUUCACUCCGUCAUUUGUUUAAAAAUCGUUAUGCAUUAUUCAACAAUGGUCAAGUUUGGAAUGAUUCACCAACAUGUGGAAACAAUUAUGUAACCAAUGUGCUUGUGAAAAACAAGAAAAUUAAUUUAACACGUGUACAAAAGACAUCUGUUUCUAAUGGAAAUUCAGAUGAAUGGGAUGUUUCAACUCUAACUGCUCUUCUAUUAUAUAUUGAUCGUUCAAAAACAUUAAGCACAAACGAAAUACAACAACUUGAUCAGGAAGAUAAACUUUUGCAACAAUUAAGAGGCAUUCGAAAUAACAUAACUCACAGUCCAAAAAAAUCUGUUGAGGAUGCACAAUUCAAUCAAUUAUGGACUGAUUUAGCAGCAAUUCUGAUUGCGUUUGGCGAUGUUGGCACAGAAUUAGAUAAACUAAAAGAUGAUAGUGUGUUUGAAUCUCCUAAACAACCAGUAAAUGAAGAAAAUAUGAAAGAUGCAUUGCGUUUAAAUUCACUAGGUACACAAGCUCAUAAAGAUGGAAAGUAUUCUGAAGCAGUAACAUUCUUUAUUAAAGCAACAAUUUUACCAGAUGUUUCAAAUCAUGAUCGAGCCACUUUUUAUUCGAAUAUGGCCGCGAGUCGUUUAGCAUUACAUGAACAACAGAAAGCUUCUUUCAUCGAAUUUGAAUCUCUUGAUGCAGAAGAUGAACGAUAUCUUGCACUGCAAGAUGCUAAACAAGCAAGAAAUCUUUGGCCAACAUGGUGGAAGGUACAUUUUCGCGUUGGAAAAGUUCGUGCUGCUUUAGAUGAACAUAAAAAAGCAAUUAAUUCGUUUGAACGAGCAUUUGCACUUGAUCAUACGAAAAAGGAGAUACAAGAAGCAUUGGAUGAAAGUCGUAUAAUCUUAAGUCGACAAUCGCGACCAAAAUAUCUAGAUUCAACUCAGUUCACGAAAGCAAUUCCUGAAAUUUUGAAUGAACUACAACAAAAAUUGGGUACAGAUCCAGAAAUGGUGAGAAAAUAUCAUAGUUUAAUCGAGAAAAUAGAUUCAUCACGAGCUGACGUGUUGAAAGGACAUAAGUAUGCACUUGGAGAUAUUGAUGUUAAACAAGACUAUGAGCAAGCUGCUAAAUAUUUUGCUAAAGCAGUAGACCAAGGCAACGCCGAAGGAAUGUACAAUUUAGCUCGAUUAACUGAUUAUGGCUUAGGUGUAAAAAAAGACCAUAAUUUGGCUCUUAAACUACUUGAGCAAGCAGCCGCGCAACCACCACAAAAUUCCAUAUGUGAACAGUUUCCAAAUGUUGGUGUAGCCGAAUCUGAGCAUGCUUUAGGAGUUAGAUACUUCGAAGGCAUUGCCGUUCGCAAGGAUCUAUCAGUAGCUUUCUACUGGUAUCAACGUGCCACUGAUCAUGGGAGUGCCAUGGCUGCCAACAAUUUAGGUUCAAUGUAUCUAGAUGGUCUUGCUGUUGACAGAGAUCUUGAAAAAGCUGAGGAAUUAUUUGUAUUGGGAGCAAGAAGAGGAGAUCCACUUGCAAUGAUGACCUUAGCAGAACUUUUGUUGUCUAAAAAUAAUUUUCAAAUGGCAAAAAUUUGGUAUGAUCGAGCAUGUGAAUCAGGCAAUCUUGUAGCUCAAGAGAAUCGUGAUCAGUUUGCAAAACAAAUAGAAAAACGUCAACAAUUAAUAAGUGAAAGUUCAGGGAAUGAAUUGGAAGACGUUAAUGUAAUGCAAUAUUUCAUGGGCUUAUAUCAAGCUAAGCAUGCUCCAUCGGUAAUAUCUGAUCGUUCAUACUUAAAAGAUUAUACGAUGCUAAGUGAACAUGCCAAACGUGGUUCAAUAACGGCUAAACAACUUUGCGAUGCUGUGGGCCAUUUUGAACGCGCGCUAAACAUACUCUUGCGUUUUGAACGUUUAGCAGAAGAACAAGAAGACACUUUUGUCCAUGAACUUUCACAAUGCUAUCGUAUUGAAAAUAUUGUAGCUCAGAUUCCAUGUCAACUGCAUAAACGCGUUAGCGAAGUGGUUGAUCGAGUACUUUACCGAUGUACUAAAGAAUCGAAUUCUGUUGCUUCACAACUCGAUGAAGAUGUUCGAGUGUGUUACGUUACAUUACAUAUAAAUUCAUAUGAAUUAAUUGAUGAAUUUCUUCCUUUGUGUAAACAAAAGUAUCCAAAGUCAGUCUAUUUCUUCCUAACAAGCGGCGCAGUUAAUGGGUUUCUACGUCGGCUUGAAAUCGGUUUGUAUAAUAUUAACAAUGGACUUGAGAUAGAGCCAGACAAUUGCGAACUUUUGUACCAUAAAGCUGUUCUGUUGCGUCACUUAGGUAGAGAUAUCGAUGAAGCGAUCACAGCCUAUCAAAAAUUUCUCAGCGUUGCUCCAAAAGAUCAUCGCAAAGUUCCCGAAGUAUAUUAUGAAAUGGCUAUCUGCUAUAUGCUAGGUUAUACACCCGAUCUUGCAAUAGACAGGAUGAUGAAACUUUAUAUGGAAGGCAAACAGGCAGAGAAAUUGCAAUUGCCAUGUUUUUUGCCUUAUAAAUCAGAGAACAUUGCAUAUUUAAAGCCCAUGUGUGAUAUGGAAUUUAUACAAAAUAUAAAAUCAGUUCCUGAUAAUAAUCGAAAACAACAUCUUACUGAUCCUCAUAGAGUGGAAGUUAUUAGAAAGCAUCGUCAAUGGGAGGGAAAAGCAUUACAAGAAAAACAUAAUUCAGGUUAUACGGUUGUCUCCUCCACUCGCAAACCUCGAGUUAAACAACAAACAGCCAAAUCCUUAAUUGGCUUGAAUCCAAUUACAUUAAGAGAAAUAGAUGCAACAAAAGAUCAAGUUUAUAAUGGAUAUGUGCUUUCUGCAACAAUCAUUGAAGAAACAUACUCAUGGACUCCAUCAAUUCACCUAGUAAUUGAAGACGAAAAUUUUGAUUGUGAGCGAAUGCUCGUUUAUGGUUUUCCUAAAAAACAAGGCGAAUACUUGAUUAGUAAAUUGUACACUAUUGGAAGUAAAAUACAUAUUAUCAAUCCAUAUUUACGAAUAGGAGCCAAUGAUAUGAAGCCUACGAUUCGUGUUGAUGAAUUGUCUUCUGUUGUAAUGCAAAGUGAAUCUGAACGGAUAUUGAAUAUGUGCCGAUAUUGUUGCGAAGCAAAUGCAUCUAAGAUGUGUAGCAAAUGUCAUCAAGCUCAUUAUUGUUCAAAAGAAUGUCAAAUCAUGGGCUGGAAAUUAUAUCAGCAUAAACUUAUUUGUCAAAAUAAAUGA